AUGACUAGUUCAUCCCGCGAACCCUAUGUCGAUUCCGUGCACAUAACACAUCUUUCGGUGCCCCGAGUAUACGUGUUAGAUAAUUACCAUCACCAGCGGCACGAUCAGCACCAGUAUUACGCCCGCAGCCAGCUCAAAGCUCGCGACGACCCGGACAUACCGUUUGAUCCCGCGGAACCGGACCGAACACUGUCCGCGGAGCUACGGGCGCCCGAUCCGGCCGAACAUCUAGUGCUGGACUGCGAGUACGUCAUCGAACCGCACGAGACCGGGUUCGUGCUGAAGUGGCUGCACAACGAUGUACCGAUUUACCAGUGGAUCCCGCCCCACCGAAGCCCGUCCAGUUUGAACCGCAUGCGGGACCACGUCAACCGGACGUUCACGGUGGGCAACGAGGCUAUGCACAAGCACCGGGCGUUGGCACUGAUGCACCCGAGCCAGGACUUUGCCGGCAAGUACAGCUGCUCCGUGCAGACGUUCCAAUCGUUCGACAUCAAGUCGGCCGAUCUGUUCAUCAUCGUGCCCGAGUCCGGGUUUGUGCUGAAGAACUAUCGAAACUUGAACGACCUGGUGACGGUCAUCUGUAGCGUGUACGGUAUUUUCCCAGCGCCCGAGCUGUCACUAUGGAUCAACGACUACCGGCUGGAGAACGGAACCAUCAACGAGAUCCCGGUGGCCGAGGGUCUGUACGAUAGCUCCGUCAGCGUACAGCUGGUGCUGUACGAGUCGCUCCAGCCGGACGAUGUGAUCAAAUGUAUGCUCACCGUUCCCGGGACCGAGUACCGACGGACGAAGGAGACUGUGUUUGUAGAUGUAAAUAGCAGACCGUUCGGGGAGUCAAACUCCAUCCUGGACCCGUUUGGAACGGUGUCCUACAGCAGUAGCAGCAGCAGCAGCAGCAGCAGCAGCAGCAGUACCGCCAAUGUUCCGGUGACGCCACUGACCAGCAGCAGUACGACACCGACGAUGACCGAUGCGACGGCAACACCGGAGGCCUCCCCUAGCACGCAGGUGACGGUGAACCAACAGCCGAGCUCUUCCGCCGUCGCGGGUACCGCCAGCCCGAAGGACACCGUCCGGCCGCAGAUUCCGUCCGUGAUACGCUUGCGGCCGACGGCCAGCUCGACCCGAGUGCUGACGGUACAGCAGUCCAAUUCGGUUGACUCGGACGAGAUAAUGAAUGUGUUGGACUUCAAGGAGUUGCUCAACGAGAACUUGCUCUACAACAACGGUGCCGACCGGUUAGAACUCCACCGGUUGCGGUCUGUGGUUUCGGUUUUAAGCAUACCGUUGCUGCUCGCUGGCCACCUAAUGGUAAUGCUACGCCGGUGGCAGAUGCAUGGCUCGUAAUCCUGUCCUCCUGUGACCGACCAACCAAGCCGGAGCAACCCGGUGGGCGAUGCUCAACAGACUUAUGACGACGGCCUAGAGUGGCAGUGGCAACCGCCAAGGCAGCAGCAGCACCAAAAACCCCGGAAACCGAACGCUUCUUUAUUACGCUAGCAGUCUCAUCACCAUGGCCAGGGCACAGUACCGAUAGACGGUUCUUGGAAAAGACAGUCAGUUCUCAAGAUGGUGGUGUAUUAUUAGGGCAAACGAAACUGGCCACAGUAAACCGAUUGGACGCCUCCUAAACGCCUCCUAUUCGAGUCGCUUCUUUUCUUUCUCUCCUAGUAUAUCUAUCCCUAUUUCAAUCCCCCUUUUUCUCGUUACCAUCAACAAGCGGUCUUAAUUGGAUGCCUCGAACACAGGUGGGGACAGGUGCAUACGUGUUCCCUGUAACCCUUGCCGAAUGGGAAAAAAAGUAAAUGCGUAUACAUAGGACGAUGAUGAUGAUGAUGAUGAUUUUUUUUUUCUAGUAAAAGGUGUGUUACUGACAAUGCAAGAAUAAAAUAAAAAAUACCAAAAAACAUAGAUACGUUGGUAAAGGGAUAGAGUGUAGGUGUGUGCUUUUUGCCAA